GGUAUUGAUAUAAAUCACAAAUACGAUAGGAAAGUUCGUCGUACAAAUCCGAGAAGUGAGGAUCCAUAUUUGAGAAUUCUUGUUAAACUUUACAAAUAUUUGGCUCGACGUACUCGCAAGAAAUUCAAUGCAAUUAUAUUAAAACGCUUGUUUAUGGCUCGUCGCCAUCGACCGCCCAUUUCUUUGGCUCGUCUCAUACGUAAUAUGAAAAAAGGAGACAAUAUGAAAAAAAUUGCCGUCGUUGUUGGAACAGUUACAGAUGACAAUCGUAUUUUUGAAGUGCCGAAAUUUACCGUAGCACGUAUUAUAAAAGCAGGUGGUAAAAUUAUAACUUUCGACCAACUCGCUUUGCUUGCACCUAAGGGUAAAGGCACCGUGUUGAUGCAAGGGCCAAGAAAACAGAGAUUAGCAGAACGACGAUUCGGUCCAGCUCCAGGUGUGCCACAUAGCCAUACUAAACCGCUGGUAAGAUCGAAAGGCCGAAAGUUUGAACGGGCCCGUGGUCGCAGAAAGUCGCGCGGUUAUAAAAACUAA